AUGGGCAACUUCACCUCCUCGCAGACGCACAAUGAAUGGAAGAGUGACGCGCAACACGCCAUGGAAGCCGGGACCUUUUGUGUAAUCUGCGGCGGCCCAUUCGACCUCGACGGCGACGUCUACAACAUUGAUCCCAAAGACCCACGUUAUCAGUGGCUAUAUCGAUUUCGUCUACUCGGUAACACUGGUGAUGUUGACCACAUGGUAGUCACCUCAGAAGCAACGUAA